AUGUCGUAUCACGGGUCUUGGAUACUUUCUGCCGCAAUAUUGGCGGAUGUACACCUACGAAGUGUUCGUGCUGACUGCUAUGCCAGAGAUGGCGUUUUGGCAAGCGAAUCCCCAUCAUAUAGCGACACCGAACCCUUCUCCUGCGGUAGAGGUACAAACAACUGCUGCCUUUCCGAUGAACAAUGUAAUGAUCAAUGGAUCAUCAUGAACUAUUGCGGAUACAACAUAUAUUGCGACAGUUCAUCCGAUACCUGCUGCGAAACCGGCCCAACAUACUUCAUCGAUCCCAUGACAGGCGAGGUCAAGAAUGCCAGCGAGGAUGGCUCAAAUUUCGUACCAACCUGGUGGGGAUUGGUUAGUACGAGUUUACCUGCUACAGUUUCUACGAUAUAUCCGCAGUCCACAGACUUUGUCUCUACUACUUCCUCCCUCGCCACCUCUUCUGCGUCUGAGACUAGUACCACGUCUCCGAGCUCGCAAUCAACACCACAGCCACACACUCACCUAUCUCCCAGCGCUACCGUAGGGAUCGGCGUGGGAUGCGGAGUCGCAGUCAUUGCAGUAGGUAUCCUUGCGUGGCUGCUUAUUUUCCGGCGCAAGAAGUCCAAGUCGCAGGACGUGAUAGAAGAUAGCGCUUAUGUGCCGCCGGAGCACCAGGCGAGUAUGGUUGCAACCGAAAAGUAUCCCCAGAUGAGCUAUGUACAGCCGUAUGGGGAACAUGAGGUAACGCACGAGUUGGAUGAGGGGCGACCGAUGGCAGAAUUGCAUUCGAAUGUUGUGAAAAAUGAGGGUAGUAAGCAGUAG